AAUAAUUACGAUGUGGUGAACGUUUCGUGGUCGUGGUCGUGGCUGCCCAGUCGGACUAUAUAAGAUCUUGCCCAGAACGACGGAUAGUCAGUUGGUUUUCAGUAACAACACAACACUGCGACCCAUAUUAACUAAAUCAACAUGUUCACCAAGAUUUUGGCGAUCAGUGCUCUCGUGGCUUACGCGCAGGCUGGCCUUUUGGGAUAUGGCCAUGGACAUGCCUCCAGCUACGCCAACACCAACCUCCAUGCAGGACCCGCUCAUGUAGUAGCAGUAGCAGCUGCUCCUGUGGUUCAUGCUGCGCCAAUUGUCCAUGCUGCUCCUGCUGUGGUUGCCUAUGGUCAUGGAGGCGGGUAUGGUCAUGGAGGCGGAUAUGGUGGACAUGCCGUGGACUAUCAUGCUUACCCUAAAUAUGGUUUCAAAUAUGGCGUAGCCGACCACCAUACUGGUGACAACAAAUCCCAACAUGAGGAACGUGAUGGUGAUGUAGUCAAAGGUGAAUACUCCGUUGCUGAACCCGAUGGUACCAUCCGUACCGUGCAUUACACCGCCGAUGACCAUAAUGGUUUCAACGCGGUGGUGACCCGUUCCGGACACGCUGUGCACCCGGCUGUGGUGAAGCAUGUUGUGGCUGCUCCAGUGCACUAUGCUGCUCCUAUCUAUGCUCAUGGUGGAUACCUUCUGAUCAUGUCCAUGCGCAUACUCAUAGAUGGGAGCAUGUACAGCAUGCACAGCAUGAUGAACUGGAACUGGAGCUGGGUGGACAGCAUGUCCCGACUUGAUAACAACCGCGUUGAAUCCAUUAUGGUCAUCGGCUGUGUACUUGACAGUACGGAUGGUGCCAUCGGGCUCCACAAGAGAAUAUUCACCUUUGACAACAUCACCAUCACGUUCCUCAUGUUGGGAUUUGGAGUCACCAGUGUGACAAUCAUGACUAAACUACAAGUUAUUUUACUGGUUGCUACUUUUGUUUUUGCUGCCAACGCUGGAAUUUAUGACCAUCACAUUGUUUCUCAUGAUAUUGAUGAUUAUGCCCAUGAACACCAUGUGGAUUACCAUGCUCAUCCAAAAUAUGAAUUCAAAUAUGGCGUCCAAGAUCUCCAUACUGGUGAUAUUAAAUCACAACAUGAAGAACGCGAUGGGGACGUAGUCAAAGGAGAAUAUACUGUUGUGGAACCCGAUGGUACUAUUCGAGUGGUGCAUUACACUGCUGAUGAUCAUAAUGGAUUCAACGCGGUGGUCACUAAACAUGGACAUGCGACACAUGACCAACAUGAUCAUCAUCACCACUAUUAAUUAAUGCGGUUUAAUGAAAUUAUUAGUAAUUGAUAGAUAAAUUAUAUUCGUAUUAUAUGUGUUAGAUAGAACAAAAUUGAAUACGUUGCAUUAUUUUGUAAAAUGUAUUAUUAUUACUAUUAUUUCUAUGGUGGUAUUAUAUGAAUAUUGUGAAUAGUCAUACUGUGAUCUGAAUAUCAAUAUAUUUUUUGUUAUAAACUACAAACUUA